GAGCCGGAAGUGACGGCGGAAGAGGAGGCGAGACACGAGGGGUCUUCCAAAAUGGCGCCGUAAACACAAUUUGUAGCAGCUCUAAAUACGCUACUCGGGUACUAAACCAGGACUAAAUCAGGAUUUAACCAGGUCUAAAGUAGGACUAAGCCAGAAGGAAUAAACUAGGACUAAGCCAGGUCUAAACCAGGACUACACCAGCUUCAAAGCAGGUAUAAGGCAGGACUAAAUCAGGACUAAACCGCGACUGUCGCAGGCUUCCAGCGUUUUUCUCAUUUCCUGGAUCUAUCUCGUGUUUUUGCCUCAAACCAACCAAACCCAGACAUGGCUUGUCCCGGGCCACUGCCGCCUCCUCAGGCCGCUUCACGGGACUUGUUCAUCGGCCCGGAGCCUCAUAACGAGCCGCUGGAGGAGUCGCUUGUGGAGCCGCUUGUGGAGCCGCUGGAGGAGCUGCGGAGCUUCGUGAACGCUCGGUUAUCUGCGGCCGUGGAGGACAUUCUGCUCGCGGUGGGGAAGACCGUGACGAGGUUCCUACACGAAUGUCCACAGCAGAGGAUGCAGCAGGUCGGCGUAGAGCUCAAAGAAGAGCCGCCUGGAGCAUCUGAAGGCAAUGUAUUUGUGGAGGCCUCAGACUGGCCCCUCCUUCGGCUGCCCCUGACCCCGGGGCCCAUCUUUAAACAGGAGCAGAGCAGCAGGGAGCACAUUCAAGAGGAGCCACAGCAGGAACACAAGGACAUGGCAACCCCCACAGAUAUUCCUUCAGUUCCUUCGUUCUUCUUGAACUCGGCUCCAGAACCGAGCCCAGAACCCUGCAUCCCUGAGCCCAGAGCCCAGAAGAAGGUCCGAUACCACUGUCCUUUCUGUGGCAAAGCUUUCACUAAAACUGACAACUUCAAGUGUCACCUGCGCACACACACAGGAGAGAAGCCUUUCAGCUGUUUAGAGUGCGGGAAACGCUUUGCCUACCAUGCUUCCUUCAACAAUCACAAGCUCACACACUCCGGAGAGAGACCUUACAGCUGUCCAGUCUGUGGGAAGGCCUUUGUGUUGAAGGCGGUCCUGAAGCAGCACAUGUUCACUCAUCAAGAGCAGAAACCUUUCAGCUGUCCUGUCUGCACCAAAGGGUUCUGCAACAAACAGGGCCUUAAACAGCACAUGAGCAAACACUGUAAGGUCUCUGCUCUCAUUGGAUAAACCAGAGUGGAAUUGAGGGGGCAGGACUAAAACAAGGACUGAAGCAGGAUUGAAGCUCACAUGCUUGAACGGCACAUGAGUAAACACCUGUAACGUCUCUGCUCUUAUUGGAUCAAUAGAUUAGAAUUGAGGGGCCUUUCCCUUUGCCCUAACAUGUUUUGUGCACCCCUCUGAAGGGGUUGCCGUUCGAAUAUUCAAGCCUCGAGAGAGGAGGGGGAUAAGACCUUGCACCGUGAGGGAGGUGCAGAUGGCUCUUUAGAAGGUGUACAUUACACUGGAGAGCAGCACCACAUAAAACACACGGCAAACUAGUUUAGCUACAUUUAAUUUGAUUUCUGUAGAAAUGUAUGUGCAUUUAUUUUGGCCUGGAAAACAGAGUUGAAGCAAGAUAAAUACAUUUUUUGAGAUGUGAAAUAAGAUGCACUAAUUAAACACACAUUUCAUGUUUUAACAUAUAUGAAAAUAAGUGCUUAAAUACAAAACUAUUCAUACUGGCGUCAUUCGUUUGAGCAAGUUUUACAAUGAACUGUAUAAAGACACUGGUAGGAAAUAUUGUCAUAUUUAGAGGACUUUAUAUUGCUGUCAAAUAUUUACACAGCACAAAUACUAAAAUAACCCAAAAGGUGGCGUUGUAACACACCAUUAAAGUGUCAACCUCCAUUAAAGUCGUUGGAGUGAGUGUAAAUCGUCUUGAUAGCAAAGUGCUGUACAUGGUCAUUAAGGCCCUUCCAAACUUCAGGGGACUUCAGAGCAGGUGUACUGUGAGGGGCUAGAGAGAGGGAGGAAGAGCUGCUUUGGGAAAGGGUAGAUAUGUCUCUAGUCAUUCUACAGAUGUUUCUUUGUGUCAGAUGCCCUCCCAUCCUCCAGUAUACCUGAAGUGUUAAGACUUAGAUGGUGCAGGUCAAAUGUGGCUGGAUCCAAGCUCAGACCUGCUCCAGACCCAUUAAACCCCCAACGACACAAGUGGUCAGAUUGUUUAAGAUGGAGGAGCAGAAGGGUCAGCUUUAAAUACAUUUUAUAUGGAUAGAUACCGAAUUCUGUGAAUUUGAUUAAAAUUUGGGCUGAAGCUGAAUCUGAAGCUGUGUUCUUUUUCCUGUGGCAGAGUGGUUUGCUCUUGUGUAGUUGUAAAGUUGUGAAGUGUUUGAGAAGUUCAGGUGUUCAGGAGCACACUGAAAUCUGAUUAUCUUAUUUCUGGACCUUUAAAAUGACAUUCAAACCACUUAAUCUGAUGUGAAUGAUCCAAGGGACCAUGAUCAGAAAGAAAAAAAAAGGUAUAUAUAUGUAUCUGUUUAAUAGUCUUUUAAUUCAAAAAAUUUAUAAUAAUCAGAUUUAGAGUCCAAUCGUGCGGCCAUAUCCAGUGUGAUAGUGCACAUCGGCUUCAUUGACAUUAAACCACAACAGUUUGAGGUGCUGGAGAGUCAAAUCAUUUAUAGACACGGUGCUAAAGUCGGGGACACAAUGCGUAAUGUCUGCUCCAAUUCCAUGUCCCGGUUUUGAGGAAAAACUCUUAAAUAAGUGAUAAAGUUAUUACAAAGUUUUUUCAUUGUGACAGGCAGCCAUUUAUGUCAAAGAUCACCUGUCUGUGGACCUUCUGUUCUCCUCAAAGCCUAAAUGUUUUGAAUAUCUGUUUCUGUUUCGCUUGUAAAUGAUAAAUAAAUGACUAUUGCUGGU